CAUCAAACAACACUGCUAAUAUAACAGCUGUAACACUAGAAUAAGAUGCAGGCAGCGCCAGAACGAGCAAGAAGAAAAGGGUCCAAAUGAUGAAUAGCAAACACAACAGACGAAAAUUUGCCCGACUUUUACAAAGUCUAAGGAGGAACAAACAACUUAAUGACAUCAAAAGAUUUCCUACCCAAGAAGAAACCUCUCGUUAUUAUGUAUAACUCUGUAGUUACAUACCAAAUCUUGACCCAAUCUCCUGCACAAUUUUAUAGGAGCCGGCCGCUGAAAAACUUGUGCCUUCCCUCUCAGAUUUGAAAAAAGAUGGGCGCCUCUAUAAAUAGAGCAGGCCACCUGAAGCAAUCGUCUUCGCUGCUGUACAUAAUCACUCCUUUUCUCGAUCUGAAUUAUUCACCAUUUGCAGCUAGCUAGCACCAGACAUGGGAAAGCACAUGAUCUUCUCCUGCUUUCUAGCUCUCACGCUGUUUAAUGUUGCCUUUGCAACAGACCCCAUGCCUCUGCAAGACUUCUGCGUGGCUGAUAAUUCUAGCCCAGUAUGGGUUAAUGGCGUGCCGUGCAAAGAUCCCAAGCUUGUUACAGCAGAGGAUUUCUUCUUCACGGGGCUGAAUAUUCCGGGCAACACCUCAAACGCUUAUGGCUCCAAGGUCACCUCAGUAUCCGUUGCUGAAAUGCCAGGGCUAAACACUCUCGGGGUCUCAAUGGCCCGCAUAGAUUUCGCACCAAAGGGAGUCAACCCCCCUCUAUUCCACCCAAGAGCCACCGGAAUUCUCACCGUUCUUGAAGGUACUCUACUGGUUGGAUUCGUCACUUCAAAUCCAGAGAACCGUCUGAUCACCAAAGUUGUGCAAAAGGGUGAUGUUUUUGUCAUUCCUGUGGGACUUGUUCACUUCCACCGCAAUGUGGGGGACACAAAUGCUGUUGCUGUGGCAGCCUACAGCAGUCAAAAUCCUGACAGCACUGCCAUUGGAAAGGCUGUUUUUGGAUCAACUCCCCUCAUAAGUGAUGAUGUGCUGGCCAAGGCGUUCCAAGUCAAUAGGAACACGAUAGAUGGAAUCCAGUCUAAGUUCUAGUUCUUGACCAACUUAUUCUGAUGAUUUCUUUUAUGGCGACAAAUCUUUUUGUUUUCCUUUCCAAUUUUUCUUGAAGCCUCGUUGAAGGAUGAUCCAUGUUUUUUAAAGUUGUUUGUUGAUUCUUAAUGAUUCGACCAUCAUCAUCAA